CACUCAUAUCGAUGUGCUAGGGAAUUUCCGUAAAUCCCCACCCUGCUUUGAUAUAUCCAACAAAUAGUGGGUUAAAAUUCCUAAGCCACUAGAGGCUUCCUCUUCCGGUUGCUAUAAACAAAAUAAUAAACACUUAAAAAUAAAGUCAAAUCAGACAGACAAAUCAGGAACAAAAAAAAAUUCUAAUCUCGAAAUCAUGGAGGAAGUCGAUGUCGCCACAGUCGAUCAAUACCAGACGCUUGUUCGCUAUAACAACCCGGUGCUGGUAGUAAAACAUCCAGACAAAAAAGGCGUGCCGACAGAAAUAGAAUUGAAGAGACCACUAACCGCUGGCGCUUUGUUGGAUACUAAGCGCGAAACUGAGGAGAUACUGAAUUCCAUAUUACCGCCACGAUGUUGGGAGGAAGAUGGGCAAUUGUGGCAACAAACGGUUUCAAGUACACCAGCCACGCGACAGGAUGUCAUCAAUCUACAAGAGAUGCUCGAUACUCGUUUGCAGCAGACUCAGGCGCGAGAGACAGGUAUCUGCCCCAUACGUCGAGAGUUAUAUACACAGUGCUUUGAUGAAAUAAUUCGUCAAGUCACCAUUAAUUGCUCGGAGCGUGGUCUGCUGCUGCUACGCAUACGGGAUGAAAUCGCCAUGUCUAUGGAAGCAUAUGAAACACUCUACUGCAGCUCGGUAGCGUUUGGUAUGCGCAAAGCGUUACAAGCGCACGAGGAAAAAGAAAUGCUGCGCGAUCGUGUCAAAACAUUGGAAACCGAAAAGGAAUCGCUUGAAGAAAUUAUCGGCGAUAUGAAAAUCAAACAAGAACAAGCUGAACGUCGCAAUGCAGAAUUACGUACAUCCGAAGAGAAGAAAUAUGCAGAAGAGGUCGCCUUCCUCAAGAAGACCAAUACACAACUCAAGGCUCAGCUGGAAGGCAUUACAGCUCCCAAGAAGUGAG